CCCGCCCAGAAAGGGGCGGGGCUGACAGCGUUGCUAAGCGAGGAGGGUAGGCGCGGGGCUGUUCGGCGAAGGAGCUCUGCACGCGCUAAGGCUGCGGUAAAUGCUGACACACUUACUGCAGCCUGUCAGUUUUCACUUCCCAAGACAACCCCUUUGGAGAUGUUUCCCAAGGUGGACAACCCUUUGGACCGUCAAGAAGCUAGAACUGGAGCUACAAGGUCUCAGAGGCCACAAGACCCCCAUGCCACGGCAGCCAGUUCCACUGAGCUGUCUGAAGAGUCCUGGCCAUCCAGUUCAGGGACGCCUUCCCCACCCAGUACCACCGAGGGACAAAGGACCUCUUCACCCCUCACCUUAAUUGACAACGAGGACUCAGUGGUGGCCAAGUACAUAAACAGGUUCCGCCAAGCUCAGCCCACGAGCCGAGAGGACCGACAGCCUGCAGGCCCGACCCCAGAUGACUUUUGGUGGCUACAGCCUGCGUCGGACUUGAGCAGUCCCCUUGCAGCAGCAGGAGCUGGUGAACCUACAGGAAGAUCGGACAUGACAGGUCCAGGUCCGCCUCCCAUUGCCAUGUCUAGUACAUCGCUGGCGUCUGCACCUCUUCAGAAAGUAAAGCAGAGUCUGAACUCAUGGAACUCUUCUCUGCUGGAGCUGGAGACGCUGAGCCUGCAAAGCCGGGCUGCCAGGCUGCUCAAGCGCAGCAAGGCCUCCCUCUCCUCCUCCCUCAGUCCCAACGAUGCCAGCUCCUCCUGCCCCAUCAGCUCCGAUGGCCCCUCUCCCUGCUCUGUGACCUUCAAUCCGGACUCCAACAAGAACUCCAGUGCCAAAGAACCUGUGCUAGGAGCAGCCCCAGCCCCAUGCCAGGCCACCCCUGCACCCCACCCAGCCUCCUCCCGAGCAACCCUUCGGCCUGAGGAAGACAUUUUAUACCAAUGGCGGCAGCGGAGGAAGCUUGAGCAGUCUCUACAAGGUGCAGGUGACGGGGCCUGGGUGGUGCCUCGGAUGCCAGCCCUCACCACUCAGACUCCUCCUGUCUCUGCAGUGAAUCCUGGUUCCCAGGGGACCCAGCCUAACUGUGCUCCUCCAUGGGGCAGUGUGGCCCAGCCUCCUCCCCCACAGGCCUUCCAUAUGGAGAGGCCACCCCUUUCAGGGCCCUCUCCACACAUCUGGGCCCCCAGCACCCACGGGGUUCUCUGGGCCGCACAGGCUAAUCCUUGGGUACCUCUCGGGAUGCUUCCUACCACACUGCUCACCUCCACCCUGGCUCCCUUGGCCUCCCUUCCUGUCCCACCUACCUCCUCUUCAACUACCCCAGCCCCUCCCCCUGCUCCCCAGGUCUCCAUCCCAGGGCCCCCAGCCUCUGCUCCACCUCCCUGCACUUCCACCCCCGCUUCCACCCUCCCACUACCUGACAUUCCCCAGGGACCAACCACCCCUGAGCCGAGUAGCUGUGUCCAGCCCAAGAAGCUGGGCCCCAAGCCAAGGAGGGCGAGCACUUCGCCUCACCAGGAGACUACUGCACCAGACUCUGCAUGUAGACCCUCAACAGAGGGUCCCUGUUUGCAGCUCAGGGGGGCCCUGGGCCAGGUAGUGACAGCCCGGCUGUUCCCCGAUAGCCUGGAGGAUACGCCUCCAUCUGGGGCAGAUUCCCGGAAAGUCAAAGCAACCCCCUCUAAAGCCAAAGUUCUGCUCCCUCCAUCUGAGUCUCUGCGUGGGUCCAAGACAGAGUCCCGCAAAAGUAAAAUCACCCUCGCCUCUGAAACUGGGGACCCACAGCCAGGCACAGCCCCAAAGGCAGCCACACUGUCAGAGGCCCAGUCACUUGAAUUCAAGAUGUCUGCACACGAGAGGGGAGCAGGUGACCCCUUGACCAUGGCUCUGCCUGCCUCAAGCCACGCUCCAUCUGAGGACAUGCUAUCCCAGGGUGCCAGACUUCUGCAGGCUGCAGAAGACUCUGACGGCAGCGAGUUUCAGGAAGACCCUGUGUUGCAGGUGCUAAGGGCUCAGAGGGCAGAGCUCCGGCAGCAGAAAAGGAAAGUGGAUGCCCAGUUAUCCCUCCUCUUGGACCACACUGAAGACCCCAGAUCUUCAUCUCCAGCCAGGUCCCUGAGAAUGCGGAAACAAGGUAAACAUGUGUUUUCGGCCUCUUGAACAAACCACACACUUGACUGAAUCAAGAAGCAGCUGUUUAAACACAAGGAGCAAUAAUUGACGUUCACAAUUACAUCCUGAUCAAGUUAAAUGAGGGACUAGAAGGCUGCCUGAAGAAGCUGUACUGAAGCUGGGAUUAUCUACUUGCUGAAGGCCAUUUUAGUUACUAUGGCUGGGUAACAAGCUGCCCCCAAAGCUUAGUAGCAUCAAGUACUCGUUACACUUAUGGAUUCUAUGAGUCCGCACAGCCUGAGACGUUGCCUGUACUCUGUGAUGUCUGGGAAGAUCCUAAGAUUGACAUCUGUGUGGAAUCCUCUGGACCUUCUUCACUUACAAUCCGGCAUCAGGGCUGAGAAAACUAAAAACUGAACUGAGUGAGGGUUGUCAGAUGCUAUGGUGAAUGCUGUCAGCCCAGCGGUUUGAAAUGCCUGGAAGCCUCAGAAGAGUCAACUUUUUCCAGUUGAGGCCUCUCAGUUCGAGGGAGCAGAAAGAAGCCUGUGCUGCCAUCUACCACAGCCGUGGAGGCGGCACAGCGCCCUUUUCAUCUCUCCCUGUUGGCUGUGGCUGUCGCUUCUGCAAGCCGACAGGAGACAAGCUUGAGUGGCGUGUCAAAGAAGCUGCCACGGGAGCUACGGGACUGUGCGGGCUGCGGGAGGAACGUGGGUAAGGAAGCCCUGGCAUGGUGGGGCUUGCAACUUGAGUAAGUCAAAGCAAGUGAGGGCUCUGUGGGGUAGCUCGGUGGUAGAGCACACGCCUUGUCAUAUCCCAGGUUCUGGGCUCCACCCCCUAGCACUGGAAACAUAACCGAGCCAGGCAAUGGUGGUGCAUGCCUUUAGUGCCUGCACUUGGGUGGGGGGCAGAGGCAGGCGGAUCUCUGAGUUUGAGGCCAGCCUGGUCUACAGAGCUAGUUCCAGAACAGCCAGGGAAACCCUGUCUCAAAAAAAAAAGGACAAAACCAAGAAGGAGCUGGGAGCUGGAGAGAUGGCUCAGUGGUUAAGAACACUGGCUGCUCCUCCAGAGCACCCUGGUUCCUUCCCAACACCCACAUGGCAACUUGCAAGUGUCUGACUCAAGUUCCAGGGGCUCCGACACCCUCACACAGACAGACAUGCAGGCAAAACACCAAUACCUUAAAAAAUAACUGCAAAUUUAUUUCCUGCCCCCUUCCCCAGCACGUUCUUUCAAUAUUUCACCAUCCCAACUAGCUUUUCUCUGGGACGCUAGAUAUCUAUAUUUAUUCUGUUCAUUAUCUUUUCCCAUCAGUCUUUGCUUUGGAGGUUUUACAUUUUUUAUUUAAUGCAUAGUUAUUUUGCCUGCACACAUGUCAGAAGUUCCAUGUGUGUGCCUAGUACCCACAGAGAGCAUCUUCUGGACGUCUUGGAACUGGAGUUGGUGAACAGUCAUGUGGGUGCUGAGAAUAGGGAGUAGAAAUCCGAGAGUACUCUGGAAGAGCAGUCAGUGCUAACUGCUGAACCACCUCUCCAGUCCCUAAUUAGGUGUGUUUGAGACAGAUUUCUCACUGCAGCUCAAGCUGGCCUCAGAUUCAUGAUUCUCUUGCACCCACUUUCCAGUGCUGAGAUCACAAACCGAAAUCACCUAGUUCGUACUAGCCUUUGAGCUUCCAUAUGGGUAAGGUUUUUUGUUUUUUUUUUUUUCUCUUUUGAUUAUUGAUAUAUCCCUGAAUUAAAUGAUCAUAGUCUUUAAA